AUGGAUCAUUUGUAUAUGCUUACAUUUUGUGGACCAAUUUUCUUUGGUGCACAACCAUCGGAUGAUGAUUAUAUUGAUCGUCUUAAUAGAAAAUAUACUGUUUAUGGACUUAUUAUAAUUGCUGUUAUAUCAGGUUUACCUUUAUCAACUGAUAAUAUAUCAUCAUUCAUAUCAUGUUGGAAUCGAGCUAAUUUUCGUUCAGCUUAUAUUUAUUAUACGAACUAUAUUUGUUUUAUUAAGAGUUCAUAUAGAGUAGAUUCAAAUGAACAAAUACCAAAUUCAAUAGAGGAAAGGAAAAAUCGUGUAUUAAAUUAUUAUCAAUGGACACCAUUUAUUAUUUUAUUAAUGGCAUUAUUUUUUUAUUUACCACGUUUACUUUGGCGUGCAUUAAGUGUUCGUUCAGGUAUUGAUCUACUUGAUAUAAUUGAAGCAGCUAGUGAAACAAGAACAGUCAAUGAUUUUGAUGAUCGUGAUCAUUUAAUAAAAUAUAUUGUUGAUACAAUUGAUAUGUAUGUUGAUGAUGCACGUCGACAAACUGAUGCUGAAAAACGACAAACAUCAUUAUUGAAAAAAGUUUUUCAAUUACUUUGUUGUAUGACAGGAAAAUUUUUAGGAAAUUAUUUUAUUACACUUUAUUUAUUUAUUAAAGUUUAUUAUAUAUUUAAUGUCAUAUUACAAAUAUGGUUAUUAAGUCUUUUUCUUGGUACAAAUUUUUUAAAAUUUGGUUAUGAAAGUGUGAAAUUAUUUCGACAUGGUCUUAAUCAACCAGAAUCAAAAUAUUUUCCUAGAGAAACAUUCUGUGAUUUUCAUGUACGUGAACCAUUACGUGGUGGAGAACCAUUACAAAGAAUUACUGUUCAAUGUGUUUUAACUGUAAAUCUUUUUAAUCAGCAAAUAUUUACAUUAUUAUGGAUUUGGUAUGGAUUUAUUUUAAUAUGUAAUAUCUAUGCACUUAUAUUAUGGGGUGUACGUCUUGGUUCAUCAACUCAUCAAUAUAAUUUUAUAUAUACUCGUCUUGCACGUACAUCUCGACCACAAAUUCCACGUUUUCGUCUUGAUUUUAAAUAUGUAACACGAGAUAUUGGCGAUCAUGUACAUACAACACUUGUUGAUGCUUUUUUAAAUGAUUAUUUAGAAGCUGAUGGUUAUUUUUUCAUACGUUUAUUAGCAGCUAAUGCAUCAGAUUUUAUUGUACAAGAAAUAAUAGAACAAUUAUGGUCAACUUAUAUAAUAAAAUAUGGUGAACAUGAUGCUCAAAAUGCUGAAGAUUCUUAUUUUGAAUUUCGAAAAAAUCCUUUACAUCAUCAAUAUAUUAAUCAAAAUCUAUCACAUAUAUCAACAAAUUUUGAUCAAUUUGAAGAAGCAGUAGAUGCAAAACGAAAAUAUUUAAGAGAACAUUCGGAUAUGGAUAUUGGAUUAUUAGAUCCAAAAUAUAUGUUAGAAUCAAGAAAUCAUGAACAAGAUGAACUAGUUUAG